UCUUCGCAGACCUCUUCUCUCAUUCAUGGAGCUAAUCUCCAUGAUGGUGAUACCACGCCGGACGCCCUGAUGGCUGCUGCGGUGCCAGCCGGACAUAGCUCAGAUGCACCUAUUGCUCUCGAGUCUGUCUACGGUGAUUACCAGCAAGAUCAAGGAGACGAGAUCCGAUUCUCUGUGGAAUUGACGCGGAUUGAUCGACUCGACGACACAUACAGCUUAGAUAUUCGCAGGUUGAAAGGCAACUUGAGAAGCUACAAGUUUGUAUAUGAUACCUUGAGACAACGCGCUGACCUUCAGCGCGCGGGAUGAGCCUCAGGCAGGCUACAUUCUCUUAUCAUGAAUCAUGCGAUUUUAUCACUCGUUAAGUACCACGGCUCCUUCUACAUUUCCCCGGCCUUCUCUACUUAUCACCAUCGCUAAUAGCCAUUCUUUGUUGAUCGUCGCUUCGGUGUUCUAGCUAUUUUCUGGAUUCUGUUCUUCCCGUGUGCAAUGUUGUCUUAGCUGCAAUGCUCUCCCUCUCACCAUUUCCGGGUAUCGCGGUGUUCCCUCACUGAUGCAUACCCUUUGUUUCUCCCAAUAUCUUGGUCGCCUAGUGGUUUCGCGAUAGCAUACCUCAAUACGUACAUGCAACUCCUCUCCGCGCUUGUCGUCCCUCGUUAUAUAUACCAGUCAUCGUAUUCUUAUUCUAGC